GCUCGCUGUGAUGGCACCGUCCGCAGUCCACGGCACAUGCAGCUCAGUGGUCCAAUGUCCGCAAGCCUGGGCUUGACAGGCCACCCGAUUCUUGCUUGCUCGCCCCCCGUCCGAAUGGCGAUGAAGGAACGGUACGAACGGAAGGUGUUACCUCUUGCAGAGGACGAGGAUGAAUGGCCCAUAAACUGCCAUCCAUACCCCGACCCGACAGAAGGUUCUUUUCUCUCUGAAUUUCCUCUCCCUCUGUCUCGAAGAAUUCGGCCUGUCGAAACGACGACUACACAAGCAAGCAAUCCGGCAUUUCCUUGCUUGCAUUGAAUUUCGGUUCUCCAUUGAGGUUGAGUGCUGGUGCUUGACCGAUGUGAAAUCCCGUUGCUUGCUUCGGCGACAACCGCGCCCCGACUCAAUAGCAAAACGCAUAAAGACGUCCGGUUUUUGGCGAAGAAUUAAGGACAGGACCGAACGAGAAGAACUGUCUCUGUGUCCUCCUCUCCUGUGUUGUCGAGCCGAACAUCGCAGGAACUGGGGAUUGCACCAACCCCCCGCCGUACGACAUCAAGAAUAAACAAGACUACAGAAUGGCAUACAAGAUCUUGCGCAGGAAAUGGUUGCUCCGGCCGUGGAUGUGGACGCUGAUGCCGCUCGAGCUCGCCGGCCUCGUCCCGCUGCUCGUCCUCUUCGGCAUCGCCCAGCCGGACUUAUACCGCACCAAACUUUGGGAGGUCGGAUAUCACAACCAUUUCAAUUCUAACCCCAAGAUGAUCCUGUACGCCUACGCCAAUUACGAGCCGUAUCCUGAUGUUCCCUUCGUAUGGACACGAACACUCACCGACUUCAACGUUGCCAUCUCCGUCAUUACCCUCUUCAUCCUACUCGUCAAGCUCGUCGCCUUCAUCAUGAAGUUCUGGUUCCCGCUGCUCGCCGCGGGUCUCAACCUUGCCAUGGUCGCCCUCUACACUGUCUCCGCCUACGGCCAGAUGGGGCCUGACCACGCCGACCCGCGGUACCCAUCCAGCAUCGCCUGGUACGUCGCGAAGUCGUGCGACUACGCCCGACCAUUCCGGGCGUACAAGUCGUGCCAGCUCGCCAAGGGCACCUUCGCCGUCACGGUGUAUAUGCUUGUGCUGUACCUUGCCAACUUGGGCAUCGCGCUCUACGUGUGCUGGCCGAACGAAGGGGACAAGGUGGACGGCGAGGACGAGGACGCGAGCGACAGCGGCGGGAGUGGGAUCUCGCCGGUCAGCUAUGCCAAGGAGGGCAGGGAGUGGGAGAUGAGGGACAUGAAAGGGCCUGCGAGCCCUAGGGUCAUGCCAUAUACGCCGCGGACGCAGGCGUUUCACACACUCGACAGGAAGUUGCCGCUGAGACAGCAGUACGGUUAAGGCUGGAUAGAUCUGGACGAUACGUGAGGAUUGGGGUGCGUUGAUGGGAGUCUGCUGUGCGAGAUUGGCCGGCGGUUGUGGUAGUGAUGACGGACAAUGAUAUAUUCCAUCUUUUAUGCUCCAGAGGAUGCGUCUGGUGCAUGUCCACCAGCCUUUUUAUCACUUUACUCUAUCUACUAUU